UACCGACCGUGGGGCAAGUCCCAUCAACAUUACUAACUUGGAGACGUGUAAAAAACAGAAACAGAGCGCUCGUGCUGACAAAACUUGUCGGCUGUCAGAGUCAUGUCAGACAGAAAGGUCGUCUGUUUCAGAGGUGUCUUUGGGGAGCGUAAGCUCCGGCGAGGUGGUUGAAGAUCGCAGCCAUCGAGGCCGUAUCCUCGCUUGUUUCUCGCACAGUAUGGAGGCCAACAGCUCACAAAACGUGUCUUGCCCUGUGCGCGGGUACACCGAGACCGCCUUCCCGCCCAACCCACAGACGAACGCCAAACUUAAUGGCUGGGUAGGUCACCAGAUGUCCAGUCAAGUGAAGUGGGGGCCGUCGGGGUCCCGAUCGACAACCAAUCAAGCAGGUGGUCUGUUUCCUACUGGACGGUUUAGAAAGAAAAACAAACCUGAAGCGACUGAGGACGAGCUACAAAGUGACAACCACGUCCAGCAAAGGGCAAACGUCGUUGCUGGCACUCGAAACAGGUUCGGAGGAUCCUUCAGCGGCGGAGGUCAGGUUCUGCUGCUGUCUGAUGGACGUCUUACACCGGCGAAGGAUUCAGAAACUCUUUCUGGCCUCCUGUCACCUGGCGAGGUUAUCGUGGGUAAACGGCCCCAGGAAGGAAAGCCAGAGUGGCUUCAGGAAUUUGCGCGACCCGACCACCCAGAGAAUGCGCGUGUGGUAAGCUCUCCGGAGUUAGAAACACCUGAUUCUUAUGAGUCGCUUUCCUCUGGAGAGGUCCCACCGAGUCUUGAACAGCCUCCCCUGCCGGCUUCUCCAGUCAUCCACGGUCACAACAUGGACGUGAACCAGCGCUUAUCCCCAGACGGAUCUCCACUUUCUUCGAAUGCUCAGUCAAGAUGUAGCAUGACGCCCUUAACAUUACCGGCAACAAAUAUCGGAACGCGCCCUAUCUCAUCUACCUUAAAUUCGCCCCGUUCCCCCAUCGAUUUCACAGGCUGCUACGGAAAGAGCCUGACGUUCCCGGACUCCGCAUCCGAUAAAGUCUCUAGAGUCUCUAACAGAUUCCCAGCGGCGCAGAAAUCUGUUCUUGCAUCCUCAUUUAUAGAGAAGAACGCACGUGAACGGAUGGCCACGCCUCCAGCAACAGCACCUGCCUCUUGCGCAGAGGCGUCGUUUGCCGGCACUCCACCGAUUGUGGAGCAAGUUUGCCGCAAGACAUCACCAAAAGAAAGACAAAGGCGUAAACUCGAGUAUUCGAAGCUUAAAAAAGGCACCGAAAGUGCACAGUUUACCGACUCCUACUUUUUAGGAUCGUCACAGUCGAAGCACAGCGACCAAUGUUCAGCCGGCCCCUGUACAAGCGUCACACAUUCUCCUCCAAGAGGUUCCGCUGUGUCUUCUCCAAGAGGUUCCGCUGUGUCUUCUCCAAGAGGCGCGUCCGAAGGGGCCGAAGCAUCCGCAUUUCUCUCGUCCCGGAGAGGAGAAACCAGUUUGACUUGCCUCACGCGUCCUUCUGGUCUAAAAAAGCUACGUGGUGCAGGAACCGCCAAUCCGCUAGAUUCGCCUAGGAGAGGUGACCAGGAUCGACCGACUGCAGUGCAUUGCGCCGUUUCCGCGAUAUGCGCUAUUGCCGCGACAUCUUUGUCGCCUCGCCAUCGUUUGCCAGAUUCUCCCCAACAGGUUCCGCUUCCGUUUCUGUUGUCUCCAACUACGGCAGAGGCGGAUGCUUCGUACCCUGGAGAGGAGUUCCCUGCAAGUGCUCCAAAUAUUCUGGAGUGCUCUGACAUGGCAUUUGGCACUCCAGUUCCAGGCUGGCACUGA